AUGGCUUCACCGGGGAUCUUUAUCAAAAGGGGCCACAAAUCCAUCAGCACUUUAUCAUUUGGGGGGGGGGGGCUUCACCAAAUCCCACUACCCAAAAAGCCCAACCCCAAAAAAAACAACCCUGCUCACGGUGGUGCGCGGAUGUGCACACACCCGGGUUGCCCACACCAAGCUUUGACCAGAGGAAAAUGCAUUGCCCACGGAGGCGGCUCACAGUGCUCUGAGCCAGGGUACUGCACGCGUCGUUCGGUCUCGAAAGGCAGGUGUGCUGCGCAUGGUGGGAGGAAGGAGUGCAGCUAUCCAGACUGUUCAAAUCGUGUUUAUGUUAUGGGCUUGUGCAAGUGCUGCAGACAUGGUGGAGUACGGAUCUGCACAUACCCGGGUUGCUCGUACCAAGUUUUAUCCAACGACAAGUGCUUCUCUCACGGAGGUGGCAGACGAUGCUCCGAGCCGGGGUGUACCAAGCGAGCCAAGUGCCAGGACAAGUGUAAGGGCCAUUCUGUGAGCCCAGUGUGCUCUCAUGCCGGCUGCACGUGGCGCUCGCUUUCGAACGGCAAGUGCGCUGCGCAUGGUGGAGUGAAGAAAUGCAGUCGCCCAGGCUACCCAAGUCAAGCUAAAGUUCAGAGCGCGUGCCAUCGACAUGCGGUUCGCUGUGUCCUCGAAGGAUGCCAACGAAGAGCAGCGGCCGGGUCGAGUUGCUGUAAAUAA